AUGUCCUCUGGAACGGGUGGCGGUGCGAGUAGUAGUGCCGGUGGCGGUGGCGGAGCUGGCGCCGGCAGUAGCAGCAGCGGGAGUAGUAGCAGCAAAAAACGCCUCACCACACUAAACGGCAUCCCGACGAGUGUCGACGAUAAGACGAACGACUUUCUCUGUCCCAUCUGCUUCGACAUCAUCAGCGAGGCGUACAUCACGCGGUGCGGCCACACGUUCUGUCACCAAUGCAUCGCCCGUUCGAUCGACGUCGCGAAAAAGUGCCCCAAGUGCAACUAUCCGCUGGCGUCCCACGAGCACAUUGUGCCGAACUUUCUGCUGAACGAGCUCAUCACCAAGCACCGAAUGAAGAGCGGUGGUGCUGGUGGUGGCCUCCUGCAUCGGCACAAGUCCCUGCCCGGUGAUAACUCUCCCCAGUUGCAUUCGGGUGGUGCGAGUGGUGGUGGCGAUGCCGGCGGUGAAGGCGAUACUUUGAAGCACUUUCUGGCGACGGAGUCGAAGAAGUUGUCCCUCUCGGACGUGAACGUGAUGCUGGAGAUCCUGACCCAACGCAAGACGCUGCUCGAAGCGGAAUCGUGCGCUGCCCAAAACCGACUGCUGCACGAGUUUCUCAAACACCUGCUGAAGCAAAAGGAGCAACAGCAGCUGCAGAUUGCGAACGAGAUUUCGCUGAUCCGCAGCGAUCUGGUGGACGUCGAGAAGGUCCUGAAGGACGUGCAGAAAAGCUGCCCGACGGUGGCCGAGGUGGAGCAAAGCGUGCGCGACGAAAAGGAUGAGAAUGUGGUCGCGAUCAAGCGCGAGAUCAUACAGAUAAUCGAUACGAUCGAUAACAUUGCGGUUCCAUCCAACCGCUCGCUCAUCGAUGACACGUGUUCGAAUAUGACGGAAUCUUACGAAGGAUUCAACUUGCACGGACCACGCAGAGGGCAUGCAGGAGAAUCCGGCUCCGGGGGGUCGAUGUCCUCCACGUCGUCAUCGUUUCUGGCCCGAAAACAGCGAAUGUAUCAGCAUUUCGAUGACUUUGUCCAAUGCUACUUUGCGGCACGUAGCGAAGAUCUGUACUUCGCAAAGGAUCGCUCAUGUAGCUCCGACUCGCUGGGAGUUGGGGAGAGAUCUACCUCAAGUGGUGCUAGCAUUGGCACGGGAACGGCGGGAGCUGGCGGCGUCAGUCUUUCAAGCAGUAGAGCAACGGGACCAGCUCCGAUGGCCACGACCUCAAAUGCUUCCAGUCAGUCAACGCUUGAUACCACACGAUCGAGCGGGCGUUCGUCGCUUGACACAUUCCGGGAGAGCCUGAUCAAGUUCUCAAAGUACAGUGCAUUGCGUCCGCUUGCGACGCUUAAUUAUUCGAACGACACCAACUAUGUGUCUACGAUCGUUUCAAGCAUCGAGUUCGAUAAGGAUAGCGAAUAUUUCGCGAUCGCGGGUGUUACGAAAAGGAUCAAAAUAUUCGACUAUUACACCGCGAUCCGGGACGCGGCAGUGGACAUUAACUAUCCGAUCAACGAGAUGACUUGCAACAGCAAGAUAUCAUGCGUCAUCUGGAACAGCUACUUCAAGCAGGUGCUUGCCUCUAGCGACUACGAGGGUAUUGUUACGAUCUGGGACGUUCUAACGCGCACUCGGACGAAAACGUUUGAAGAGCACGACAAGCGGUGCUGGUGCGUGGAUUUCAACGAAGUCGACACGCGCCUAUUGGCGUCCGGUUCCGAUGAUGCCCGGGUGAAGCUGUGGUCACUGAACGUGGAUCAUUCCGUGGCCACGAUCGAGGCUCGUGCAAACGUAUGUUGCGUCAAAUUCAACCCAAAAAGCUCCUGUCAUCUGGCAUUCGGGACGGCGGACCACUGCGUCAAUUAUUACGAUCUGCGCAAUCUGAAGCAACCGCUGUGCCUUUUCAAAGGACAUCGGAAGGCGGUUUCGUAUGUAAAGUUUCUCAAUACGGAAGAAAUCGUGUCGGCAAGCACGGACGGUCAGCUGAAGCUGUGGAACAUUAAUUCUCCGCCGUUUUGCUUGCGCUCGUUCACCGGGCACAUAAACGAGAAGAACUUUGCCGGACUGGCGACCAACAGCGAUUAUCUCGCGUGUGGCAGCGAGGAUAAUUCUCUGUGCGUGUACUACAAAGGUCUUUCGAAGCAGCUGUUCAAUCUUAAAUUUUCGAGCUCCAACAGCGGUGCAAACGGUACAGGAAGCAGUAGCGCCAGCGGUAGUGGUGGUGGUGGUGGCGGUAGUGGCAUCGGUUCCAGCAGCUCCCGGACAAGCGGUCUACUGUCGGCAGAUAUGGAACGCAGCAAUUCCGAAGGAAACGAAUUCGUGUCGGCGGUGUGCUGGCGAAAGCAAAGUAACAUCAUCAUUGCCGGGAAUAGCGAGGGUGUAAUUAAGAUCCUCGAAAUAGUGUAGCAUGUACAUUAGUCCAAAGGCUGCCUCAUAUGUGAACACAACACCUAGACUAGAUGAGGGUAGGGUUUGUUGAAUCAUUCAUUAAUGUGUUGAAGAGCUACUGAUCGUUGUUUAAAAUGCUAGGAUAAGCUGUGGUAUAG